CUAUGUGUUGAGCAUAUUCUUAGUGCUAUAAAUAAUAGUGAUUCCUCGAGUGCAAAUUCAAUAAAUCACUCUUCUUUCUCUAAAUACACUAGGAAUGUCUUCGAUCUCUUCAUUCAAGAUUGGUGUUUUCCUUGCUCUAUGGCUCCUUAUAAUUGCUGGUGCAUUUUGGACUGCUGAAAGCUCCCGAAGUUUACUAUCACCACGGUGUAAGAAACCAACAGAUUGUAUCCCAAAUUGCCCUCAUUGCCAAUUUGUUACGUGCAUGAACACUUGGUGCGUUUGUGGCUGCACCCCUCCAUUAUCAUGAUCUAGCUAGAUAACUCCCUUUUCUUUUAUUUUCUUUUUUUUAAGGAUAAAAAUUGGCCUUAAUUCAUAAUGUUAUUGGCCAAAAAACAAAUAAAACAUAUCAUAUUGUAACAAGCAUUAUGUUUCCUCAAUGAGUCACUUUUUCAUAUCUUGAGAGCUAUCUAUAUUAUUGAAAUGAGAAACGAGAGAGCUCCAAUCUUCAAUCCCUUAACUCUCAUUAACAGUUAUUUAAAAAAUGUCAUUAACUUUUCUUUUAGCGUUCACUUUCUCACAUUUAAUUUUGUUUAAAUACUACACUAUCUUAUAUUACAUCUACUUUUCAAUAAAAUAGUACCCACUAUCUCUUUUCGCAUUUACUUUUCCAAUAAAUGAUAUUUGAUAACCAUGCAAAAAUUAUCUUCUAAAACUAUGUGCCCUGAUAAGUGUCAAACCUAAGUUGGGGUAGAUGGAGUAUUAACCAGGAUAUUUUACUCAUAAUGAAGAAAUCCAGAAACGAUAUUUUGAAUACGUAUUUAUUAUAUAUUAGUUCAUUUACGUUUUCUGUACGUGCUCCACGAGAAGAAAAUGAAGAAAUAAGGUCACGCCAUUUUAUGAAUUAGAUGGGAAUAAGAAACUCAUUAUUGUAUCAUGGACAUAGGAAAAAAUUAAAACAUCUAUCGAUCACUUUUGCAAUUACAAUUUUUCAUACACCACCAUGAUCUAGAACUAAAUUAUACAUUUUGAUAUUGGUAACUAAAUAAUAAACAUUCGGUUUGGAGUAUUUUUUUUACCUUUAUAGUACCCCUUACAUUAGCACGGGCACAAACUAAUUCUACAAUGUUUGGAAUCAUAGAGAUGAACAAUUGGAUUGGAUACUUUUAUUUGUUUUUUACAUUAGAUGUUUGUUGCGGAGUACAAAGUAUUACGACAAAGAAGUCCAUCCAUAGAAUAAAAAACAAGAGAGAGAAACUCUAGAGAGAAGCGAGAGAAAACCUUGCCUUCUCCCCCAAGUUUCCCCUCGGUGCAUGAUCUCCAUUGUGCACUGCUGCCAUGGCAAGGAAGUCUGGGGGCAAAAUGCAAGGUAGUAAGCAUGGCAAUGCAAAGCAGAAACCAAGAGGACCUUCAUCUGAUUCUCAGGCUCUUAAGACUCGAUCGAUUGAGGAGGUUUUAGGAGUCGAAGCACUGGAUUUGACGAUUGAAAAUGAAAUUCUCACCCCCAAAUCUGGAUUGAAACACUUGCAAGCUCGUUCUGAACUCAGGCAUUCCUUCAAUGAGUGGAUGCAAUCUGUUCACAGAUCAGCUAACAAGGUGAAUAAUACUCCAUCUAAUGUUGAUAUUGGUACGAUUUCCAUUCCAAUAUUGCAACAAUUUGAUGAAGUAAUGACUGAACAUGCUGAUAGUGUUGAUGAUGAAUUUAGGCCACUUGAUCCAAUUGAAAUGCAUCCUGUUUCUAGCCCUGUACAGAUUGAUCUUGAUGAUAUACAGGAUGAGGUGGAUUUUUGGAAUUCUUCCAUAAUCUGCUAUAUUAUUGGUGCUAAUCCCCCAAUACAUGUUAUGGAAGGGUUUAUUAGGAGAAUCUGGAAGAACUUUAAUGUUGAUAAGGUGGUGUUGGUGAAAAAGGGAAUCUACUUAGUGAGAUUUCUGACUAUGGACAUGAGAGACAAAGUCACUUCUGGCCAUUUUUUCUUUGACAGCAAACCUAUGAUAGUGAAACCCUGGAGUGUUGAUAUGGAUAUGGAGAAGGAAGAGAUCAAAUCUGUCCCCAUCUGGAUUCAGUUGAGUCUGAAUUUUAAGUAUUGGGGUGAAGAAUCUCUUUUCAAAAUUGUGAGUCAGUUAGGCAAACCAAUUAAGAGGGAUGCAACCACUGUGAGUAGGGAUAAACUUCAGUAUGCUAGGGUGUUGGUUGAUAUGCCAAUCACACAAAAGCUUCCUGAUCAAGUUUCAUUUAUGAAUGAGCAUAGUGAGCUGGUUCAGGUACCUAUCACCUAUGAGUGGAGACCAACUGUUUGUGAUAAUUGCAAACUAGUUGGACAUUCAACCAUUGAGUGUAGGAAGGGGAAAACUAAGAGAAUAUGGGUGCAGAAAAAACAACAAGUUUAGAAUCACACAGAAGUGGUGGCACCAGAGGUGGAUCAGGAGGGGUUUCAGAGAACUCUCAGGCCAAUCAGGGUUAGACAUACCAAUUUGGUUCCAACACCAGUUGUUAAUUCUUUCCAAAUGCUGAAUGAUGAUGGUGGUCACAGUGCUUGCAGUACUGCUGAGUUGGAUAGGGAAGAUGACAUUGAGGAGGGUAGCACAGGAAGAGGGAACUCUUCCAAAUCUUAUGGAUAGGAUAUUAUCAUGGAAUGUUAGGGAUAUCAACCUAGCUCAGAAACAAGAUACUGUGAAGCAUUUUCUUCAUAAAUAUCAUGUGGGGGUUAGUUGGUCUCCUAGAGCAUAAGGUUAAGCUUCCUAACUUAGGGAAGCUUUACCAAAGAGUUUUCCCAAAUUGGUGUUUCUCUAGUAAUGCAAGUUAUCAUAAUGGUGGCAGAAUUAUUUUGGCUUGGAAUCCAGGAAGCUUUUCUGUGAGUAUCCAAGCAGCUUCUAGUCAGUUUAUGCAUUGCUUCAUUCAACCAGUGAGUGGUAUGC